AAAUGGAUGCAAUGGCAAGUUUGAUUGCUUCGGGCAGUGACCAACAGUUAUUUUUGAAACACAAGAAAAUGAUGGCAAAACUAGUUGCUAAUGCAGUGGCCGUUGUUUCCCCUAACAGGAUGCUGUGGAUGGAAGUGGUAUUCUUGAUGUUCCUGUUUUCAUAG